AUGUCGAGCGAUGGCGGACCAACAGUAGCUGUGAAGAUGUUCGUCGACAAGGAGAAGAAAAGGGUGCUGUUCGCAGAAUCCGACAAGGAGUUCGUCGACGUCCUCUUCAGCUUCCUCACGCUGCCUCUCGGCACGAUCGUUCGUCUUCUUGGCAAGCAGUCUCAGAUAGGGUGCCUUGAUGAACUGUACAGGAGUGUGGAGAGUCUCAAUCAAGAUCACUUCCAAACCAUGGAAUGCAAGGCCAUGCUUCUUAGUCCUGUCAAUGCUGCGGCAUUCCACUUGGAUCGGCUCAAGGUAAAAUUUGACGAUACCAAUCAAAGUGGAUUUUACACUUGCGCACCACACAGGCAGUUUAGCUCUGUACCACCUGGUUGCAAACAUGGCUGCUCGUCAAGCUUCUGGAAAUGUCCACCGCAUCUUCUUGCUGCUGUUCGAGACUAUGGGGAUGGGGUGUUUGUCAAACAUGGUCCGAAGUACAUCGUCACUGAUGAUCUCCAUGUGGCUCCUGCUUCUACAAGACUUGUCUUUUCCCUGCUCGACAGGUUUGGGCUACAAGAUCAAGCCAAGCUUGAGGAGAAAAUUCUUGAACUGAAUGCCAAGAAAAUAAUUAGGUUGCUUAAGAACGUACUGAUCUCCAAGCAACCCUUGACUGCACUAUGUUUUGACGUCUGCCUCUCAGUCCCACUGACAAAAUAUUUGGAUCAGUUACCUGAAAAUCUGUUUCCCAAAGAAGCCAGUGAGGAUAGUAAGCCCGUGCUCAGCGCAGUCGAAAUAACGCUCGUCCAUACGAAGGACAAGGCAUCGGUGUUGUAUGCCGAAGUCGGAGGGGAUUUUCUUGAUCUUCUCUUCGGGUUGCUUUGCGUUCCACUUGGAUCCAUAAUCAAGACAUACGGUCAAUGGUCACAAAACGGGUCCAUCGAUGGUCUUUAUAGAAAUAUUGACGAGAGCGCAAGAACAUGGAUGAAACAAGAAUGCCAAACGGUACUUCUAGCUCCCAAGUUGGCACCCUUCUUUGGUUGCAGCAGCAAUGUACUACAAACAGAAGAGAUGAGCCCAAGAAGUCUGGCCUUCACAUGCUUCAACUGUCGUGCAGUUAAAGUUGCAUACGGCCGAACCGGUUGCAGUUGCAGGUACCCUACGGAGGUAACUGUCACGGAAUCGAACCCGAAGUUCCAAGGCAUAGGAAUUGUCAGCACAGCAUAUGUCAAGGGAGGGCUCAGAAAGUUCCUGGUGACGAGUGACCUGCGCGUCCUCGAUUUCACCAUGACCAACACUCUGCAAGUCAUGAGCGCAGCUAGGAUUCCGAAGGAGAAGCUUGUGGAGAAAGAUCUCACUCUCGACAAAGCCCAGGUUCUGAAGCUGCUAAGGGCUGCAAUGCUGACUCGCGACGCCCUCACCAGCUUGCUCCUGCCUCACAAGAAGUAG